AUGGAUGAAGUCAAUGCAAAUCAGUUAAAUACUAAUGAUAAUGGGACAUCACCUGACCCACGAGAAGAACAUUCUUCAUCAGCUUUAUUUGUUUUUCAACAAUCUUUAAGCGAUAGUCAACAAGAAAAUAUACCUCAUUAUCAACUAAACUCACCAUUAUGUGUAUCACAACAAUAUGAAAAAGAAUUUUUUGAUUAUUUUCAUAUGAAUUAUUUUGGUGAACUUGAGCAUGAAGGUUUAUUUUUAGCUUCUGUUCGAACUAUUCGAACAAAACCAUUUGAAAUACGUAGACACCUAUCAUCUUGUUACUCAGAGACAAAUGAUAACGAUAAUGAACAAUUACUUCGAGCCAUUAUUCGUACACAAGAUAACAACUAUGAUGUAUCAGGAAUAAUCAAUAUCAAAAAUGAAGAAAAUAUUUUACAAUUUCUAUUAGACAAAACUGAAUUAUCAUCUAUUUGUUAUGUUAAACUUGUUCACGAUAUCAAAGCAAAUGAAAAAAUUCUUGAAUUCGAUAAAUAUAAUGAUGAGCAACUUUCAAAUAAAGUUGGUAUUGUUUAUCAACAAUUAAAUCAAUCAAAUGAAAUUGAAAUAUUAAGUAAUAAUGAAAUAUCGAUUGAAAUGGAAAAUUUUCUAAAUUUAAUUAGUGAACUUGUUCAAUUAAAAAAUUUUAAUAAAUAUCGUGGUGAUCUUGAUACAAAAACAGAUCAACAUGGAGCUUAUUCUUAUUUUACUACGUAUCAAAAUCAUCAAAUAAUGUUUAAUGUAGCACCAAUGAUUUCAUCGGAUAAAAAUGAUCGAGAAUUUAUUCAACGAAAAAGUUUAAUUGCUAAUGCAUUAAUAUGUAUUAUUUUUCAAGAAGAAAAUGGACUUUCAUUUCAACCAGAUUUUUUUCUUGGAAAAGUAACACAAGUCUAUAUUAUAGUACAACCGAUUCAAAUUAAAUCUAAUCUUUAUUACAAAAUUGAAAUUUGGCGUCGUACUGACAUUGAACCAAUAGUUGAUCCAUCUGGUGGCAUUUUUAAACGUGAUGAAUCAUUUCGAGAUUAUUUUCUUACAUUAAUUUUAAAUACAACAAAUACUAUUUUAAAAAAAGAUUUUUUUCGCAAACGUAUUAUUGAACAAAGAUCUUCUUUGAAAAAUGAAUAUCUUAUAAAACUUUCUCAAAUAUUUUAUUCAUAUUCUAAACAUGAUUUAUCAAUGUUACAUGGCAAUGAUGAUAAUAUACCUAUUGAAAAUUCAAAUAUAAGAGAAGAUAUAACAUCUAAACAUCUUCAGAUUCCCAAGAUAACGAAAAAUAUCGAAAAAUUAAAUGUUAAUCGUCGAUCUAGAGCAAUUUCUGAAAAGAUAAGUCUAUCAGACAGUGAAAUAUCACCAACAAUAACAAAACGAAAUCCUUUGGCGUCAGUUAAUCAAAAACUAAGAUAUAUUUCAUCUUUGAAAUCAAAUGUUAUACAUCCACACUCGCCAAUUAGAGUUGAAUCUCCAUCAUCCUUAUUCAAUCGUGUUAUUCAUCAACAAGAAGAAGAUUUAAAGUUAAAAGAAUCGUCAAAUGAAGCAAUUUCAUCAUUGAUUACAAAUGUAGUACAAUCUAUUGGACCAAAUCGUGAAAUGUAA